AUGAGGCUGGUACUAGAGCACAGGCUGAUGAAGCAUUUGAGGGAAGUGGGAUAUGAAGCUGUUGAAAGAAGGGCCCUGGAGGUUUAUGCAGCAUCUCUAGAGGCCUAUAUGCUUGCGUAUCUGAAGACGAUUGGAUCUGUCUCGAGACAUGGACUGAAGUCGCACUCCACCCUGCUGGACGUGUUGUGCUUCAUAGAGGGGAAGAAGUUUGAGUUUUCCCCUGUUGAGAGGAUUGAAUAUCCAGAAGAGGUUGCCGAGGAGGAAGAGAAGUUUGUCAGUCCCCUGUCGUCGAGCAUUGAGAAGUACAUCCACAUAUAUGACUUCAUGCCCAGCUUUCCGCCGACACAUGCAUUCCGGCAGACGAUUGUUAAGGCUAGCAGCAAAAGUAGCAAGUCUGUGAAUGUGAAGAACAGGCUGGAGCAGAGCCUGAGGACUGAGGGAAAUCUGCUGAAGCUGAUCAAGGCAUCUGGGUCACUUCCACCGUUUGUUAACUUCCUAUACAGGAAUGGAUGUUCUUAG